CGUAUGCAUUGAUGUAAUUGUAUAGAAAAGUCGACAACGACAACGACGACGACGACGGCAACGAAGAGAAAUUCGUGGGCGACGUGGGACGAUAAAAAACCGUGUAACAUUCUUUUCUACUUUUUUUCAUUACGGUAUCGAUCUUUUACAAAGCACUAAACUAUCAUUAUGUUAUUAAGACGUUUCUUUGAACGAGCACGUACUCGUUCUUCCAGUGAUAACAACAAACGUGAGAAUUAUUAUUACUUAUCGAAUUUUUUUCUCUUAUCAUAUAAAAUAAAUAUUUCAUUUAUGUUUUAAUAAUUAUUUAGAAAUAUGUUUAUGUACAACGGCUAAACGAGAUUCAUUGUAUGAUGAUUCAGUGAGAUCAUUAACGAAAAUAAAUGAACGACCAACAGCCGAACCAUAUGGCGUCAUUCGUACGGGUAAAUUUUAA